AUGCCGACGGUCAGCGUCGGCCGCGACCGCCUCUUCGCCGCACUCGGCAGGGUCUACAUGGAUGCUCCAGCGCAAGACGAAUUCGAGGCACUCUGCUUCGAUUUCGGCAUCGAACUCGAUGAUGUGACCACAGAGAAGGCCAUCAUCCGGAAGGAGAAGCACCUGGAGGAAGACGUCGAAGCGGACGGCGAUGACGAGGUCAUCUACAAGAUUGAGGUUGCCGCCAAUAGAUAUGAUUUGUUAUGUCUAGAAGGAAUAGCAAGGUCCCUUCGCAUUUUCACUGGGAGUGAAGCUACCCCUAUAUUUAAAAUUGCCUCAAUCCCUCGUGGUUCAAUGCUUCAGAUGCAUGUUAGAUCACAGACCUCGCAAAUUAGACCAUAUGUAGUUUGUGCUGUCCUAAGAGGAGUAACUUUUGAUGAAGUCAGAUACAACAGCUUCAUUGAUCUUCAAGACAAACUCCAUCAAAAUAUUUGCCGGAAGAGAACUCUUGUUGCUAUUGGUACCCAUGAUUUGGACACUCUACAAGGACCCUUCACAUACGAGGCUCUACCACCACAGGAAAUCAAUUUUAUCCCACUAAAGCAGGAGCAAAAUUUCAGAGCGGAUGCAUUGAUGGAUUUCUACAGAUCGGACAUGAAAUUGAAGAAAUUUUUGCAUAUAAUCGAGAACUCUCCAGUUUACCCAGUUAUACAUGAUAGCAACAGAACUGUAUUAUCGUUACCUCCUAUCAUCAAUGGUGCACAUUCUGCUAUCACCCUUAAGACAAGGAAUGUGUUUAUCGAAUGCACUGCGACAGACCUUACAAAAGCAAAUAUUGUUCUGAACACAAUGGUUGCAAUGUUUUCGGAGUACUGUGAAAAUAAGUUUGAAGUGGAACCAGUUGAAGUGGUAUCUUAUGAUGGAAGCACAGCCAUUUAUCCUGAUCUUUCAUGUUAUAAAAUGGAAGUUCCGCUCUCUGAUAUUGUUGGACCCAUUGGAAUCUCCCUAGAUGAGACACAGGUUAUCUCCCUUUUGAACAAAAUGCAAUUGCAAGCGAGACUUUGUUCAUCAAAUGGGGAGCCUUGUAUUUCGGUGUCUGUCCCUCCUACAAGAAGUGAUGUUCUGCAUGCCCGUGAUCUAACAGAGGAUGUUGCUAUAGCUUAUGGGUACAACAAUGUGCCAAAAUCAAAGCCAAAGUCUAUGACAAUAGGUGGAAGGCAACCACUAAACCGUUUCUCUGAUAAAAUCCGUGCUGAGGUUGCAAGAGCUGGUUAUAUGGAGGUGCUCACAUUUGUUUUGACUUCACACGAAGAAAACUUUGACAUGCUAAACAGGACAGACGAUGGAAAUAAAGCAGUCAUUAUUGCAAACCCCCGUACUUCUGAAUUUGAGGUUGUAAGGGGUAGUCUGAUGUCAUGUUUGUUGAAAACGCUGAAGCAUAAUAUAGACCAUCCAAGACCCAUAAAGAUUUUUGAAGUUGGGGAUGUAGUGUCAUUGGAUGCUUCAUGUGAUGUUGGUGCCUCCAAUAAUCGCCGGCUUGCAGCUUUGUACUGUAAUAGUAAUUCUGGAUUUGAGGAAAUUAUGGGUUUGGUGGAUAGGAUCGUCAAAAUCGUGACACAUUCUCCAUGCGUAAAAUUCGGCCAAACUUACUAUGUUCCUUCAAGUGAACCCGAGUUCUUUACUAAAAGACAAUGCAAAAUUGUUAAGAGUGAUGGAAAGCAGGUUGGCUACUUGGGAAUUGUCCACGCUGAGGUGCUAAGAAAAUUUGGCAUUCCGGACCCCUGCACCUUUGUCGAGAUUGACAUUGAGGCUCUUUUGUAG